AUGGCUGAAAAGCUGCAGGAGCAGCUGAAAGAGCUCGGAUCGAAGCUCGACAUCUGUCCUGAUUCGAAAGACGUUCUUAUGAAGCUUUUGAAGCAAGCAGCAGGAUGCCUUUCUGAUUUAGACCAGUUACCGCUGAAAUCCGUAGUUGAGUCCAUGCAGUCUUUUGUAAAUGCAAUUGCUAAGCCAGAACUUCUAAAGCAUCAAGAUCCGGAGGUCAAGCUUUUCGUCGCUGCUUGUAUCUGUGAAAUAACUCGCAUUACUGCACCUGAGGCUCCUUAUGACGAUGAUGUUUUAAAGGAUAUCUUUCAGUUGAUUGCAAGUACUUUCAGUGGCUUAAGUGAUACGAAUAGCCCAUCUUUUGGAAGGAGAGUUGUUAUUCUGGAAACUGUGGCUAGAUACAGAUCAUGUGUUGUGAUGCUGGAUCUUGAAUGUGAUGAUCUCAUAAAUGAAAUGUUUAGCACUUUUUUAACUGUUGCAAGAGAUGAGCAUCCUGAAAAUGUUUCGACUUCGAUGCAAACAAUCAUGGAGGUUGUUUUAGAAGAAAGCGAGGACAUACAGGAGAAUCUUUUACUGAUUUUAUUGUCUGUUUUGGGUCGCAAUAAGAAGGAUGUAUCGACAGCUGCAAGGAGGCUUGCUAUGAAUGUGAUAGAGCAUUGUGCUGGAAAACUGGAACCUGGCAUAAAGCAGUUUCUUAUAUCAUCAAUGACAGGAGACAGAGGGUCUAUGAAGUGUCAGAUUGACUACCAUGAAGUACUUUAUGACAUCUAUCAUUGUGCCCCUAAAAUCUUAUCAGGAGUUGUUCCUUACCUUACUGGAGAACUACUGACUGAUCAGUUGGACAUUCGUUUAAAAGCGGUGAGCUUAGUGGGAGACCUUUUUGCUUCACGGGGAUCUGAUAUCUCUGAAUCAUUCCAGCCGAUCUUUUUGGAGUUUUUAAAAAGAUUAACUGAUAGAACAGUGGAGGUUAGAAUGUCUGUCCUUGAGCGCAUGAAAAUUUGUCUUCUGGCAGAUCCUUUCAGAGCUGAAGCUCUUCAAAUGAUAUCUGCACUAUGUGACCGACUGCUGGACUAUGAUGAUGUCGUCCGCAAACAAGUUGUUUGUGUGCUUUCUGAUGUAGCGUGUCAUGCCCUCACAUCGAUGCCUCUUGGAAAUAUCAAGUUGAUAUCUGAACGCCUUCGAGACAAAUCUCUUUCUGUUAAAAGUUAUACAAUGGAGAGGCUAGCCGACAUAUACCGGUGCUAUUGUUUGAACUGUUCGAGCGAAUCGACAAUGACUUAUCAAUAUGAUUGGAUUGUUGGGAAGAUUUUGAGAUGUUUUUAUGAUAAAGAUUUCAGAUCAGAUACUAUUGAACGCAUUUUAUGUCUAUCCCUUUUCCCAACUGAUUUUUCAGUCAAAGAUAAGGUGUCAAAUUGGGUUAGGAUCUUCUCUGGAUUUGACAAAAUCGAGGUUAAGGCUCUUGAAAAGAUACUAGAGCAGAAGCAAAGGUUGCAACAAGAGUUUCUGAAGUACCUUUCCUUCCGUCAAUUAUCACAGGAAGGUGAUGCUAUUGAGCUCCAGAAGAAAGUAACGUUUUGUUUCCGUGUCAUGUCUCGCUGUUUCACUGAUCCUGCAAGGGCAGAGGAGAAUUUUCAGAUUUUUGACCAGUUAAAAGACACUAAUAUUUGGAAAAAAUUUGCAAGUCUUCUCGACACAAACACUAGCUAUCCUCAAGCUUGUAGUUUACGGGAUGAUAUAUUGAAGAUCGUGGGUGAGAAGCAUCAGCUCUAUGAGUUUUUGAGCAUCCUCUCAUUGAAGUGCUCUUAUCUGAUUUUUGGCAAGGAGCAUAUCAAAGAAAUCCUUCUGGAGGCUGAUAUACAGAAAUCAGCUGGAAAUUCUGAGUUAAUAUUGUCGUGCAUGACAAUACUUGUGAUUCUUGCACGUUUCAGUCCUCUACUAUUAAGUGGAAUUGAAGAAGAAUUGAUACAUCUUCUUGAGGACGACAAUGAGAUAAUGAAGGAAGGUGUUUUGCAUAUUCUUGCAAAGGCUGGAGGAACCAUCCGAGAACAGCUGGGAGUUUCAUCGAGAUCGUUAGACCUUAUACUUGAGCGGAUAUGCAUUGAGGGUAGCAGGAGGCAGGCCAAGUAUGCUGUAUAUGCCCUGGCAUCAAUAACAAAAGAUGAUGGGCUCAUGUCUUUGUCUGUUCUCUACAAGAGGCUUGUUGAUAUGCUUGAGGAGAAGUCCCAUUUGCCGGCUGUACUACAAUCUCUUGGAUGUAUAGCACAAACUGCUAUGCCAGUCUUUGAAACAAGAGAAAGUGAGGUUGAAGAGUUCAUAAAGAAAAACAUAUUGGAAUGCAGCCAUAUGUCAGAAGAUGAAGCAAAUGAAUGUUGGGAUGAUAGAAGUGAACUUUGUUCAUUGAAGAUAUAUGGGAUUAAAGCAUUGGUCAAGAGCUAUUUACCUGUCAAAGACGCGCAUCUUCGUUCUGGGAUUGACACUCUUGUUGAAAUGCUCAAGAGUAUACUGUCUUUCGGAGAAAUAUCAAGAAACAUUCAAUCAAGUUUAUCGGAUAAGGCUCAUUUGAAGCUUGCUGCAGCAAAAGCUGUCCUUCGUCUAUCAAAGCAUUGGGAACAUAAAAUUCCUGUUGAUGUGUUUUACCUGACCUUGAGAACUUCUGAGGCUAAUUUUCCGGAGGUAAAGAAACUACUUCUCAAUAAGGUUCAUCAGUAUGUAAAGGACCGGAUUUUAGACCCAAAGUAUGCUUGUGCCUUCAUACUUGAUAUUGAUCCUCAGCAGUUGGAGUUUGAAGAGAACAAACACAAUUUUAAUGAUAUCAUCCAGAUGUGUCAACAAGGAAGAGCACGCCAUGUUUCUACACUGAGUGAUGCAAAUUCUACACCAAUAAAUCCAGAAUACCUUCUCCCAUAUGUGGUCCAUGCUCUUUCUCAUCAUUCUUCAUUUCCGGAUGUUGAUGAAUGCAAAGAUGUCAAAGCAUUUGAAGUUAUUUACAGGCAAUUUUAUUUGUUCCUGUCUAUGCUGGUGCAUCGAGAUGAUGAAGGCAAGUCUGAUGUCAGUAAUAACAAGGACAGGGAAAGUAUUUCGUUACUAUAUUCGAUCUUUUUAUGUAUCAAGAAUUCAGAAGAUGCUUACUCUGCAACUAAAUCCAAGAACUCAUAUGCUCUCUGCGACCUUGGCCUGUCAAUCAUUAAGCGGCUAGCACCAAAGCAAGAUGAUCUUCAAGACUUGAGUGCUUCAGUGGUCCUACCUUCAGCACUAUAUAAGCCACUUGAUAAGAAAGAAGGAAAUGACUCACUGGUUGGUGAAGGGAAGACUUGGCUGGCUGAUGAGAGUAUCUUGGCGCACUUUGAAUCACUUAAGUUGGAAGCUAAUGGAAUGAUCAAUUCAGAAAUUGUAGAGGAUGAUGCCAUGAAGGACAGUGAAACAGAGGGAAGCGAGAUGCCUUUGGGAAAGUUGAUGAAACGUCUAAAAGCUAAGGCAUCAAAGGCAAAAAAAGAGGUGGAGAGCAAGUCUGCACCAGCAGAAGUGGAUAAUGAAAAUAAUGUUGAUAUUUUGAAAGUGGUGAAGGAAAUAAAUAUGGAUAACUUGGGAAUAACUAGCAAGCUCAAGUCAAGCAAUGGAAAUGAGUAUGUUCAUAAGAAAAGGAGAAGUGAUCAUAAGCCUCAGAAGAGGAAGAUGAUGUUUAGUGAAUCAACUAAUGUUCCUGUACCAAAACGUAAGAGAUCAUCGUCUACCCAAGGGCACAAGUCUCUUCCGACGAUUUCUCCAAAGGGUUUUAUGACUCCAACCAAUUUAAAUCGAGAGAAACUCUCGGUCGACUCUACCAAAAUGGGCAAGGAGCUUCAAACUGGUCCAGGGGAUAAAUAUAUGCAAGAAAAUAAUAUCAAACCUGCAAGGUCAGACUUGGUGGUUUCAUCUAUGGAGAAGAAAUCCAGCUCCUCAAAACAGAAAGGCAAGCAUUUUGAUGGAGUUUAUGGUGAGGGAGAUGAUGAAUCAAACCAUAAAGCCAAGAAGCCUAAGAAAAUUGGGUUGACAGUUACCACAUCCUCGAUCAGUAAUUCCAAAUCGGGAUCGACGAAGAAUAAAAAACAGAAAAGUAUUACUGGGUUAGCAAAGUGCUCUGUGAAGGACAAUGAAAGUUCUACGGCUGACUUGAUUGGUUGCAGAAUAAAAGUUUGGUGGCCAAUGGAUAAGAAGUUCUAUGAAGGUGUCGUGAAGUCUUUUGACACUCAGAAAAUGAAGCAUGUGAUAUUAUAUGAUGAUGGAGAUGUGGAAGUUCUUCGAUUAGAUAAGGAGCGGUGGGAACUUGUUGAGAAUGGCCAAAAAACUGAGAAGCGGUCAGUUUCGUCAAAGGGUCUCAGUCCUGAAAUAGGGUCAUCUGAGAGAAAAAGGAAGUCAACAGGAGGCUCAAAGCAAAAGAAAAAAUUGUCAGAAAUAUCUCCAUCGCCCCAAGUAAAAAGGAAAAGAACUCCAAGGGAAAAUUUGAAACAGAGACAAAAGGGUCCAUUAAGGAGUGAAUCCAUGAGUGGAAGGGUUGGAAGUCUUGGUGUUGCCUUGGCUGAAUCUGCCUCAAUGUCCAUUGACUCAGAGCCGGAGCAGAAUGAAAGGAUUGAAAAGAGUUCGGCUGAUGUGGACCAAUCGGACAAUGAUGAGAAACUAACGGAAAGUGCCGAGAAGGGCUCGAGUGAUGCAGGAGAGUCCAAGGAUGAAGAAACUCAUUCUGAAGGAAUAUAUGGAUCUGAUAACGGAGGAGUUUCUUCUUCAGACAAGCAGCAGCCACAUGGGACCAGGGAAGAACAUGGACAAGAGGCUGAAAAAGUUGAUCACUCAACAGCUUCAGAUAAACCUGAGAAGAAGAUUCCAGCUUCUAGUUCCAUGGACCCAGAACUUUCAGACGAUGAGCCUCUUAAUGUGUGGAAGCAGCGAGUUGGAAAAUAA